AUGAGCAGGUACAGCAACACUUGCGCCGUCCUGCACGGACCUGGCGAUUUGCGCAUUGUGAGUACAUGGGUGAGCUGCAGCUAGCUAGCUCUCUUUGGAAUUUGUGGAGCAAUCACCGCUCAAUAUCUCCCAGUCUCUGCGAACCGUCUGAUGAGGUCAGGAAUCGCACGACAUCGCUCCUCCCCAAGCUGGCGAGGUACAGAUCCGAAUCGAACAGACCGGCCUGUGCGGUAAGUUGGACGGGCCCUUUUCAUCUUGUUUCAAUCUACACGUCCAUAACAAUUCUGAACGUGCCGUGCGCCGCGCACGUAAGCAGGCUCCGACCUGCACUACUAUCUGCAUGGGAGAAAUGGAGAUUUUGCACUUCAAGAGCCAAUGUGUCUGGGUCACGAGUCUGCCGGAGAGGUGGUCGCCGUUGGUCCUGCCUCCUCCACUUCUUCCGAGCCGAGCGCGACAAGCACGCCAGCACCAUUGGGCGUACUCAAAGUGGGCGACAAAGUAGCCGUAGAAGCGGGUGUUCCUUGUCGACUGAUAGAGUGCGAAAGAUGCUCUGAAGGCAGGUACAACCUCUGUCCCAGGUUACGAUUCGCAAGCUCUGCAAAAACCUUUCCUCAUCUACACGGAACUUUGCAAACGCUGA